GUUCAAAAUGGUUAUCGCAAAGAAAUGGAGAUAAAUCUGUCACUAUCGACUUUCAAAUCGAAGCGCAAGCAUUAUGGGCUAAACUAAAUGAAUAUAAUGUGUUUGGUGAUAAAUGCAGUUCUGAGAGUAAUUUAACCAAGAAUUUUUCAGACCUCUUUGAAUUAUUACUACAAAUACGAUUCAGCUUUUAUCCGUUGAUACCUUACACCAAAAGAUGGUAUGAAAAAUACGCACUUCUUGAUCGUGUACACUCAGAAGUCGAUCGGCUAAUUAGAGAAGAACUGGAACAUCGUGAAGAAUCUACUAUAACCAAAGCGGAUUUGCUAAGUCUUUUACUCAAAGAUGAGGAACUUGAUGAAGAGAUUGCUCGCGCUGAAAUUAUGACCUUAUUGUUUGCUACGUUUGAUAAUUUUACGGGUUUAUCUUAUAUUUUGCUCAAAUUUGCAGAGCUUAAAGAUGUCCAGACAAAAAUACGAAACGAAGUUCAAAGUGUAUGGGGAAAUGAUAGUCCCACCAAAUUGGACGAUUUGACGAGUUUAGUCUAUACUCGAGCUGCCAUCAAAGAAGCUUUAAGGCAUGGCGGCACUGGCAAUUUCAACUUUAGGGUCCUAACACAAGAUUAUCGAAUUCAAAACAAAUACUUUAUACCAAAAGGCGCCCAUGUUGUAACCCCUGUGCGUUUGCUUCACAAAAAUCCCAACCAUUGGGAAAAUCCCGACAAGUUUGAUCCCGAACG